CCAUUCUUUAGAAUAAGGAAAACGCAAGAACUGUGCUGUCCUUUUCUCUUUAUUACUACAGACUCAGAUUAAGUCUGAGGUCGGUAACAUCAACAGUGAGGACAAACCCAGCCUGCCUCUCUCCUUCCACACUGAGUCCAAACCUACAGUCACUGGGUCCUGAUUGUGACAGUGGAGCCCAGUUUGCACUGCAGGAUCCAGAGAUGGCAUCAGUGAAGCUGGAAGACUGCAGUCAAACACUGGAGCUGAAUGUCAUCAUUAAAGAUGAAGAAGAGGAGGAGAAGAUUAGGACAACUGUUAAUCAUGGAGACCAUGUUGAGACAUUCUCUACAUCCAGAGAGCAACAGCAGGAAGAUCACAGAGCUAAGAGGUCUCACCACUGCCCACAUUGUGAGGAGAUUUUCCCAUUUCUAUCAAAGCUAAAAAUACACCUUAAAACACACACUGAAGAGAAUCUGUAUCCCUGUAAUGACUGUGGGAAGAGAUUCACGACAUCAAGGUCUCUGACAGUUCAUCAGAGAAUACACACAGGAGAGAAGCCUUACUCCUGCUCUGACUGUUGGAAGAGUUUCUCUCGACUGGGCAACUUAAAAACACAUGAACGUAUACAUACAGGAGUGAAACCUUACUCCUGCUCUGACUGUGGAAAAAGUUUCUCUCGACUGGGUGACUUAAAAACACAUGAACUUAUACAUACUGGAGUGAAGCCUUACUCCUGCUCUGACUGUGGAAAGCAUUUCUCUCGACUGGGCCACUUAAAAACACAUGCACAUAUACAUACAGGAGAGAAGCCUUACUCCUGCUCUGACUGUGGAAAGUGGUUCUCUCGACUGGGCAACUUAAAAACACAUGAACGUAUACAUACAGGAGUGAAGCCUUACUCCUGCUCUGACUGUGGAAAGAGUUUCUCUCGACUGGGCGACUUAACAACACAUGAACGUAUACAUACAGGACUGAAUUCUUACUCCUGCUCUGACUGUGGGAAGAGUUUCACUCGACUGGGCCACUUAAAAACACAUGAACGUAUACAUACAGGAGUGAAGCCUUACCUCUGCUUUGACUGUGGAAAGAGUUUCUCUCUACUGGAAAACUUAAAAAGACAUGAACGUAUACAUACAGGAGUGAAGCCUUACUCCUGCUCUGAUUGUGUAAAAUGCUUCACAACAUCAGCUGACCUAAAAGUUCAUCAGAGAACACACACAGGAGAGAAGCCUUACUCCUGCUCUGAUUGUGUAAAAUGCUUCACAACAUCAACUGACCUAAAAGUUCACCAGAGAACACACACGGGAGAGAAGCCUUACUCCUGCUUUGACUGUGGAAAGAGUUUCUCUCGACUGGCCCAGUUAAAAAGACACCAAGGUAAUCAUAAAGGAGAGAAGUAUUAUCACUGAUCUGACUGUAGAUUUUGUUUUUUAUCAACAGCUGAGAUAAAAGGGUCAUCAGAGAACACACAGAGGAGAGAAGCCUUACUUCUUCUCUUAAUGUGGCAAUGUGGAUACACACUUGAGAGAAGCCUUACAGAUUGGUGUCUUUUUAAAUGGCCCAAUGUAUGCAUAAAGGAGGGAAGUCUCAUCAGUUUUCUCAGACCAGCUAAGAUUAGUCACUCCACUUAAUUCUCAUCUUAUAAAAUAAUUGGCAACUUUGAAUUGGAUCAAAUGAAGAAAGCGUAGAACACUCUUGUAAUCCUAUUGUUUCUCACUGUGAGAACCGUGCAGAAAAAAGGGAGCAUUCUAGAAUGUUAGUCUCUUCUCUUUACUGAUCAGUGUGCACCUUGUUGAUCUUGGAUUUGCAAUUAUGGUUGAAUAUCCUCUGUGAGGCGUCUCGCAAUGGAGUCUGAUGGUUGACUGGAUGGUACUGCUUCCCUCUGCAGUUUUCUGUGGGAAUGAGCUUGUAUACACAACAUAUACUGAGUGUACAAAACAUUAAGGACACCUGCUCUUUCCAUAACAUAGACUGUUUCUGUACAGCACUUUGUGACAUCGGCUGAUGUAAAAAGGGCUGUAUAAAUACAUUUGAUAAAUUUGAUUGAUUGAAGUCCGAGAUCAACCUCCUGGUCCUCCUCUGUGGAUGCCACAUCCCCUCCCAUUGUUACGGAGUGUAUGAACACAUUUUGAACAAUGGCUUCCUAAAAUGCUGUGUUGGUUACUAACACAAUAGGAAAGGUUGUGGUAGAUGUGGACCAUCACAGGUGAGUUCACAGCUCUUCCACUCUGAACAAUGGGGCAUGGAAAGGGUAACACAAGCUUCCUUUCUGGUUCCAUUCCCCAAUAGUAAGUGGGUCAUACUUGAAUUGUGGUAGUUAUAUUGUCCCUGGACUUUGGCACCAUAGAAAACACUUAAAAAGGAAUUUAAAACCCUGAAAUACAUUUGUUUCAUUUCACAUUUAUUUAAAUAUGAAAAAUGUCCUUUAUACUGCAAAACAUUAUUCGUAUGUAUUGUAGAACAUACUGGGGACUAACUAAUUGGCAUGUAGAGGUGUAGUGACAUGUAUUGAGUAGAUACAUAAACAUUUAAAUUAUUUAGCAUGCUAUCAAUUAAACAUACAGAUUUUUUUGUAUAGAUAACCCAUAGGCUGAGCAGUAGAAUGUAGAAUAUUUAUUUUUCAUUAGCGGAUCAAUCAAGUUCCAUGCAGUUAUCCAAACACAUUCUUCAUCAUCAAGGAUGAAAAUAAUACAUCUAGUUUUAAAAGACUAUUUAAUAAACAUAUGUAGUAGUUUCAAAGUAUGUAUAUCAUUAAACAACAGUCGCUUAGGGAGAGGUGAAAUUUACACAAUUGUUACCCGGAGGAAAAUGAGGGAGUGUCAUGCUUUUUAGAUUUCAGUCAAGGUGAGGGUUUAUUAUUUUUACAUUUAGUUCAGGAAGUGUCAUGUAAUUUGCAAUCAAUCAAAUGUCACAUUGCUCAGGGUUUGAGAAUUAGUUGCUUAUUAUAUCUCAUGAUGCCCUUCCUCCCUGAUUCUCUGCUGGGUGUGCAAUAUCAAGUGUGCCAAGUGUAGUCUCAAUAAAAGGAUUGUUAAGUUCUGAACGAACAGAGGAGAAACUCGGAUUGACAACUCGUAAAAGCACACACCAGAUUUAUUCAACCUACUGGAUACGUCAGCUGCUAAUUCAACAUACAAGUCACACAAUGACAUAUUUAUACCUUCCAACUAGGCGGAGUCACCACUCACCACCUAUAAGGUAAACAAUCAGUCUAUUUCUCAGAGGACCUAAGUCUGUUCUUUUUACUGGUAUUGUCAUGGCCCUGCCUGUCCUGAGCAGCGUGAGCGGAGAGGUGUGUGAAAUAGGACUGUGGUUAGUGUCGUUGGGGUGGACCCCUCCGGCCCUCCUCCCAGAGGUUUCUUCUCUCUUCCAACAUGAUCCAUAGACUAUACUAUAGGCCUAGGCUAUACCAAGACCAUGCUCGGAAAAGAACAGUGCAAAGUUAUAUUUAUGAAAAAAUGUACUUUCUUUCCAUAGUUUGUGUACAGUGGCACUUCAGGAGGCGAGGCUGCAGAAAUACAAAGUAUCUGUGUGCGCGGACUAAGCCUACUGAGGUCCUGUUCAGUUUGAGAAGAUGAGGAAAACUAGAGCUAUGGCUAUAAUUGAUUUGAAUAAAAACAACGGUUAAUUGCUUUUUUUUGUUAUUGACCUCUCAAAUGAAACUGCUAUAUUUUUCUAUUUAUGCAAAUGCAUUUCAGCCAAUUUGUAUCUUUAAUAUAUGGCAGUUUCAUUCAAAGGGAGAAAGUUCCCUACUUUCUCCCUUUUCCACUUGCCUCUGAUUUUUGUGGUACUGCUGCAAUCAGUUUGUUGUAAAUUUGGAUUGAGAAGAUAUUCCUAUAUAUUUUCGACAACUGCAUAUGUGACAUAACUUCUCCAUUUCUAUUCAUAAUAUCAUUAAUAAAUAUAAUACCAUUUUUUUAAAAUCCAUAAAGAAUGUUUUUUUAUUAAUCCUUUAUAUUUGAGUUUAACCAUUACAUUUGUUGUAAUAUUUGUUCUAUCUUUUCUGGAGGAUAAAACUGAAAUUGUAACCAGCUUUGUAUUGUUUUUUUGAAGAAAGGGCGAUACUUUCAAGAAGUCGUAAUCUGUAUGAAGGCAAAAAAGCAAUUUUUGAACAAAGGGUGAGCAUUUCUUAAUAAUCUACUGGAGAACCAUUUUCGGUUUAAAUAUAACUUAUGUAUGAGUGAAGCUUUUAGUGAGAGGUUUAAAGCUUUAAUAUUUAAUAAUUGUAGCCCCCCAAACUCAUAUUCAUUAUAUAAAUAGGCAUGUUUAAUUUUGUCUGGCUUAGCAUUCCAAAUAAAAUGAAAUGUUUUUUGCUCAUAUGAUUUUAAAAACAAAUCAUCUGGAGUAGGCAAUACAAUUGGUAAGUAAAUUAACUGUGAUGGACCAAAGAGUAAAAUUACAUAGAUUUUCUGUAAAUAGACAAUGGUUGCAGAAUCUUAUCUAUUUUUGCUAACUUUCUAUUGAAAUUAAUUCUGUUAAAUUAAUUUAUAUUUUUUGAGAUGUGAAUACCAAGUAUGUCUACUUCACCAUCCACCCAUUUUAUUGGUAAACUACAAGGUAGUGUAAACAAUUUUUUAACGAUCCAAUACGUAAUAUGGUACACUUGUCAUAAUUAGGUUUUAAUCCAGAGAGGCUAGAAAAGGGAUCAAGAUCUUCAAUGAGACUGUGCAGGGAUCCAGAUUGCGGACUUAAGAAAAAACUAGAGUCAUCAGCAUACAUUGACACCUUUGUUUUAUCCCCUGGAUUUCUAACACCUUGAUGUUCUUAUUGGAUGUAAUUUUAAUAGCUAGCAUUUCAAUGGCCAUAAUAAAUAGGCAUGGAGACAACGGACAGCCUUGUUUUACUCCUCUUAAAAGCUCAAUACUUUCUGAGAAGUAACCGUUGUUUUCUAUUUUACAUCUGGGGUUGCUGUACAUAACUUUAACCCAUUGUAUAAGAGAUUCACCAAAAUUAAAGUAUUCUAUGCAUUUAUAUAUUAAUUGUACUUUAUCAAACACCUUUUCAAAAUCAGCUAUGAAGACCAGACCUGGUAUCUUAAAUGUUUCAUAAUGUUCAAUUGUUUCAAGUAAUUGUUGUAUAUUAUCUCCAAUAUAUCGUCCAUGUAAAGAACCUGUCUGAUUAGGAUUAACAAUAUCUGGUAUAACCUUUUUUAUUCUAUGCUAUUGCCUUUUGCCAGGAUUUUCACAUCACAACAUUGAAGUGUUAGAGGCCUCCAGUUUUUUAAAUGGACUGGAUCUUUAUACUUACCACCUGGGUCCUGUUUUAGUAGUAAUGAAAUCAGACCUUCUUGUUGAGUACCUGAAAGCCUGCCAUUUGUAUAAAAGUAAUUAAAACAUGCUAAUAAUGGAUCUUUGAGUACAUCAAAAAAGGUCUGAUAUCCCUCUACUGGUAAACUUUCAAGCCCUGGUGUUUUUCCAGACUGAAAAGAUUUUAUUGCCUCAAAGUUCCUCUUCUGUAAGUUGGCCUUCACACCGGUCUUUCUGUAAAUGUGUUAAUUUUACAUUAUUAUUAUUAUUCACUGGAAAUGGAGGAGACUGAAAAGAAAACAUAUGCUUAAAAUAUUUUGCUUAUUCUUCCAAAAUAUAAUUUGGUGAAUCAUGGAUAACGAGUUUCUGUAAAUUCUUUUUGGUUUUAUUUCCGUGUUGAAGAUUCAAGAAAAAUUGUGUGCAUUUUCCAUCCAAUUUACUUUAUUUUUGUAAUACAUUACACUUGAUUGUUCUUGAAUAAGUACCUCCAUUUCUUUUUGUUUUUCCACUAACAUAUUUUGUGCCUCUAUAAUACAGUUUACAUUACCAUCUA